AUGUCGAGGAUAAUAUUUACGAUAACCCAGUGUAAUUCAUCUGGCGCUGGCCGGCAGGUAUUGCCCCUGCUCCCAGGCCAUGCCCUGCAACGCCGCUGCGAAGCGGCCCCCGCCGCCGGGGCCGGCACCGGGCCCGGCUGCCCGCUGCUGCCCGACAAGAGCCUGCCCGGGCUGAAGGGGAAGGAGCCGGUGGUCUACCCCUGGAUGAAGAAGAUCCAUGUGAGCACGGUCAAUCCCAAUUACAACGGAGGGGAGCCCAAGAGGUCUCGCACUGCCUACACCAGACAGCAGGUCCUGGAGCUGGAGAAGGAGUUCCACUUCAACCGCUACCUGACCAGGAGGCGACGCAUCGAGAUCGCUCACACCCUCUGCCUCUCCGAGCGCCAGGUCAAGAUCUGGUUCCAGAACAGGCGGAUGAAGUGGAAGAAAGACCAUAAACUGCCUAACACAAAGAUGCGCUCCUCAAACCAGUCCACACUGAGCCAGCAGUCCAAAGCACAGACACAGGGCCACCCCCAUCCGCUCGAUGGGACAGCUGCCCCGUGGUGGAGGCUGGCCGUUUGGACCAAACAACUGUGGAGCCCCGAAAAAGAGCCGCUGGGCUGGGGCGGUGGAAGCCGGGAGCGCUUCAGCCCAACUCCGCGCAGCUGGAGGAGCUCCUUCCCAAAUCAAAGGCGCAAGGCGCGGGAGAGCGCGCUGGGGCCAUGCCGGUGUGGAACGGCUUAUCGCGGCGUGGCUGUGUGCCUCCUCCUCGAGGAGUUCCCCAAGCCAGUCCUGCAAAGGCGGAGGGCGUGUGGGGAUGUUCGAAAACCUGAUUUUUAA